UCAUGAAUGUCAAGGGUCAAACCGGUGUUGUGAUGUGUUCAGGAUUGUCAUCAAUCAUGAGGGUUGCUUGGUCCAGGCCAAGGCCAAACCAGUUCCUGUCUGCUGUCUCUCUGCUAUGCUGCCGGUACCAAGUGAGAGGCUACAAACAUCACAAGCACAAGAAGGCUGAAGCCCGCCUGAAUUUCUACACCGUUCUCGGAGUCUCCCCGAAGGCCACCCAGUCCCAGAUCAAAGGGGCCUACUACAAGCUCUCCAAGAUCUACCACCCGGAUGUCAAUCAGGGCAGUAAGGCUGCCCAGGACCGGUUUGCCGCCAUCAGCGAGGCCUACAGCGUCUUGGGCAACGUGAAGCUGCGACGGCGCUAUGACCGUGGAAUCUUCUCCGAGCGGGACUUGCACAGUGAGAACAAGGAGAAGGUUUCCCACCAGGAGAAGGACAGCUCCAGGAAGUACAGCGUCUACUACAACACCCACGGGGAGCGCAUGUUCGACUUUGAUGAGUUCUACAAGGCGCACUACGGCGAGGCGAGGCUCCGAGAACAGCGGGAGCGUGAGGCCCGCAAGCAGCGCUCCGAGGAGUGGCGCAAGGUACAAGAACAGAAUAAAACGCCAAUAUGGGUGCUUCUGACUUUAUCUUCUGGAGUGUUGGCAUUUUCGUCAUGGUUAUUACGGAAAUGGUGAUCAGGACAGAAUUGUGCCAUAUAUAACCGUUUUAAUUUAUGCGUGAUGUAAAUCUGUUUCAAUCUAUAAAGCCACUUUUGAAGUUAAAAUUGACAGGUUGCUGUCACAGUAACAAGCAGCUGAUUCUCAGGUUGUCUGGAAAUCAACAAGGGGGCUGAUUUCACAGGGCUGCAAAGUGGUCAGCAAAAUGUAAUUCAUGUUUACCAGAGCAGGAUUAUGCUAACCACCCUAACCCCUUCCAGGCUCUUUCAACUGUGAUACAUCCUCAGUUUCUAAAAAUCCAACAUUUUCCUGGUAGAAAUUGGCUGCAUCUUCUAUCCUCCAGAAUCCUCUGUUUUGUCUUGAAAGUGUUCCUUGGAGGGGUGGUUACUGCCUUAAUUCUUCAGAACCCUCCAUCAGUUUCUGAAUUAUCACAUCAAGGCAAUACGCCUGAUACAUUUAUCUUGGAGCAAUGGGUGGACAACAUGCAGCCUUCAAUAUCUGCCUCCAAGUUUUGCCAUAAACACUCUGCCUCAGUCCUCAGACGUCCUCCAAGGAUUUGGAGGAUGAAAAAUUAGAGAAUUUAUAAGCCUGCAUCACAGCUUAAGUUUUAAGGGCGCGUCCCCGCAGGUAUGAACAUAUUCUGUGCUUUGCCCUGGAAAAUGGUCCCAAUCACCCUGGUGAAAAGUUUUAACAAAGCCUUUUUAUUCAAAUGUUGAACGUUGACCACAGAGUGUGCAAGUAGUUGACCAGUUGUUGAAAUGAUCUGCAGAAUUACAACAGCUCAUAAGUGAAAUGUAGCAAAGUCUGCCAUGUAAAGGGACUUUUUUGUGGUUCUCUUGUAACUUUGACAAACCCAAGAUCAUGUGAAAUUAUUAUGGGUGUCAGUCGCUUUUCAUAAGUGGGGUGGGACAUAACCUUGAUCAGAACUAAUGUGAACAGGCAUCCCUAACUGCAUGGGUCCGGGGCCUGAAAAUUUUGCACUCUCCAUGCUGUGUGACUGUGGUGUGAUCAGAGACAAUUUCUGACCUCUUUUUUUUAGCAAAUGCUUGGGCAAGAUUUUAUUAAUUAUUCAUUUUUAAAAUAAGUAGUUUCUUUGAAAUUUUAUGCAAGUUUGGAACCAUUUUUUUUUGGUCGUUACCACUUUUUCCCAGUCACCAAGAGAGAGGAAAUAUUUGGCAUAUAUAAACAGCUGAAUCUGAAAUAUGAAUCAAAUGUAGGCCCACUUCCCCUGCAUUUUUUAUUUAGGGUCCAGAAGAAAAGGGGGGAUGGAAGGGACAAACGAUUUAAUAACCCCCCCCACUGUAGAAGUAGAAGGGCAUGUCCCCCACAACCCCCAACGAUUAACAUCCAUGGGAAUGAUUUAUCUUUGCAUCAUGUCCUCCAUUAAUCUCUUACUUGGAUGGCAACCAGUACAUGUAGUUUGCAUAAGAAAUUUAGGCAACUCUUAUUUUUUCUCCACAGGAAUCUCGCAUUGAUAUGAUUUUCCAGAUGUGACCUGGUUGGAAUCAAGUAACUCUAGCAUUAUGCGUCCUGUUAACAAAACUGACACUUUUGGCACCAUCCAUGUAAACUGCAAGCAAGCAAAUCUCGUUUGACCUUAAAUAGUACUCUAAACUGCAAAAGUCAUAAAUGUACAAAAUCAUUCACCUUAUCAUUCACGCAUAUUAUGAACCAAACAAAUUUUACGUAUUUUUUUAGAGUGAACUGUUCAAAUGUACAAUGCUGAAUCCAUUUUAAUUAUAACUUUAGUGCUCUCAGGAUGACUGAAUAAAUAACAAAUGUAAGUCAA